UAACAUAUUUUUAUUUAUUGAUAUUGUAUUAAGAUAGCAUAUUUACUGUAACAAAGAAACUAAAGCCAAAAAUAAAAUAUUCAAAUGAAUCAAUCAAUGUUCAUGGAUUAAAAAAAACAAAAUAAGUCCAUCAAUGUUCCGUCCCUUUACUAAAGCCAAUGCACAAGCGAAAGGAACGAAGAACCACUUCUCAUCUCUCCUCUUCUCUAAACCCUAGAAGUCAAUACCCGCCACCGAUGGCUACAGUAACCCACCCGUUACACACCAGCACCUUCAAACUUCCCCUCCCAAUCAGAACUGAGAUUUCCCACCCUCACACUCUGAGCAUCAAGGCCUCCCUGUCCACCAACGCACCCCUCCCCGGACGCAAGCUCCGCGCCGCGGUGAUAGGCGCCGGUCCCGCUGGCUCGUCCGCCGCAGAAGCCUUGGCUUCAGGCGGCGUCGAGACCUUCCUCUUCGAGCGCAGCCCACCCACGGUCGCCAAGCCCUGUGGUGGUGCCAUCCCUCUCUGCAUGCUCCACGAGUUUGACAUCCCUUCCCACCUCAUCGACCGCCAAGUCACUCAGAUGCGGAUCAUAUCCCCCUCUAAUCUCACCGUGGACUUCGGGAAGACCCUCCGGGCAAACGAGUUCAUCGCCAUGCUCCGCCGUGAGGUACUGGACUCCUUCCUCCGCUCCCGCGCCGUGUCCCGUGGAGCUAACCUUGUCUCCGGCCUCGUCACGGAUAUCGAGGUCCCCAACACCUCUUCGACAGCGCCGUACGUCGUGCACUACACGGCCAACAACUCCCGGCACGCUCUGUCCGUUGACGUGGUGGUCGGAGCUGACGGCGCCAACAGCCGAGUCGCCAAGUCCAUAAAGGCCGGCGACUACGCCUGUGCCAUCGCUUUCCAGGAGAGGAUCAAACUGCCGGACGAGAAAAUGGCAUACUACGAGAACAUGGCCGAGAUGUACGUUGGGAACGACGUGUCGCCCGAUUUCUACGCGUGGGUCUUUCCCAAAUGCGACCACGUGGCAGUGGGCACGGGCACGGUGCGUGCCAAGCAGGAUAUUAAAGCUUACCAGAGGGGAAUCAGAGAAAGAGUGAAGCCAAAGAUAGCCGGUGGGAAAGUGAUCAAAGUGGAGGCCCACCCAAUACCAGAACAUCCGCGUCCGAUACGGGUCCGGGGGCGGGUGGCGCUGGUGGGUGACGCAGCCGGGUACGUAACCAAAUGCUCAGGUGAAGGGAUCUAUUUUGCGGCGAAAUCGGGGAGGAUGUGCGGGGAAGGAAUUGUGAAGGCAUCGGAAGGAGGGGACAGAAUGAUCGAGGAGAAGGACUUGAAGAGGGAGUAUCUGAAAGCAUGGGAUGCCAAAUACAUAAGCACAUUUAGGUUUAUGGACCUGCUGCAGAGGGUGUUUUACGGGAGCAACGCAGCGAGGGAGGCGUUGGUGGAGCUGUGCGGGGACGAGUACGUGCAGCGGAUGACGUUUGACAGUUAUUUGUACAAGAGAUUAGCGGAAGGGGAUAGGUGGGAAGAUGUGAAGAUGGUGUGUAAUACCAUUGGGAGCUUGACGAGGUGUAACAUUGUUGGAAGGUAGUUUUCAGCUAUUUUCA